GUGGAGAGCUGCGGAGGGAGAGCGCGGGCUGCGGUAGCCGAACAAAGAAGCAGGAGCGUCGCCGCGGACCCGUCACUGACCACCCGGGGCCGCGCCGGCCUCCAGCCCGCAGCCACCAUGACCGCCAACGGCACGGCCGAGGCGGUGCAGAUCCAGUUCGGCCUCAUCAACUGCGGCAACAAGUACCUGACGGCCGAAGCGUUCGGCUUCAAGGUGAACGCAUCGGCCAGUAGCCUAAAGAAGAAGCAGAUCUGGACGCUGGAGCAGCCGCCCGACGAGGCGGGCAGCGCGGCCGUGUGCCUGCGAAGCCACCUGGGCCGCUACCUGGCGGCGGACAAGGACGGUAACGUGACCUGUGAGCGCGAGGUGCCCAGCGCCGACUGCCGCUUCCUCAUCGUGGCUCACGACGAUGGCCGAUGGUCGCUUCAGUCCGAGGCGCACCGGCGGUAUUUCGGCGGCACCGAGGACCGCCUGUCGUGCUUCGCGCAGACCGUGUCCCCAGCUGAGAAGUGGAGCGUGCACAUCGCCAUGCAUCCGCAGGUCAACAUCUACAGCCUGACCCGCAAGCGCUACGCGCACCUGAGCGCGCGGCCGGCGGACGAGAUCGCGGUGGACCGCGACGUGCCCUGGGGCGUCGACUCGCUCAUCACGCUAGCCUUCCAGGACCAGCGCUACAGUGUGCAGACCGCCGACCACCGCUUCCUGCGCCACGACGGGCGCCUGGUGGCGCGCCCCGAGCCCGCCACCGGCUACACGCUAGAAUUCCGCUCCGGCAAGGUGGCCUUCCGCGACUGCGAAGGCCGUUACCUGGCGCCGUCGGGGCCCAGCGGCACGCUCAAGGCUGGCAAGGCCACCAAGGUGGGCAAGGACGAGCUCUUCGCCCUCGAGCAGAGCUGCGCCCAGGUCGUGCUCCAGGCGGCCAACGAGAGGAACGUGUCCACACGCCAGGGUAUGGAUCUGUCCGCCAACCAGGAUGAGGAGACUGACCAAGAGACAUUCCAGCUGGAGAUUGACCGUGACACCAAAAAGUGUGCCUUCCGUACCCACACGGGGAAGUACUGGACACUGACAGCCACCGGGGGCGUGCAGUCUACUGCAUCCACCAAGAAUGCCAGCUGCUACUUUGACAUUGAGUGGCGUGAUCGGCGCAUCACACUGCGAGCAUCCAAUGGCAAGUUUGUGACUGCCAAGAAGAAUGGGCAGCUGGCUGCCUCAGUGGAGACAGCAGGGGACUCAGAACUCUUCCUCAUGAAGCUGAUCAACCGCCCUAUCAUCGUCUUCCGUGGGGAACAUGGCUUCAUUGGCUGCCGUAAGGUCACAGGCACUCUGGACGCCAACCGCUCUAACUAUGACGUCUUUCAGCUUGAGUUCAAUGAUGGUGCUUAUAACAUCAAAGACUCCACAGGCAAGUACUGGAUGGUGGGCAGUGAUGCGGCAGUCACCAGCAGCAGCGAUACCCCUGUGGACUUCUUCUUCGAGUUCUAUGACUACAACAAGGUGGCCAUCAAGGUGGGUGGGCGCUACCUGAAGGGGGACCACGCAGGCGUCCUGAAGGCCUCUGCUGAGACCAUUGACCCUGCCUCACUCUGGGAGUACUAGUGCCCACCCUCAGCCCCCUCCAACCUGCCCACUCCCACCUCCCUAGGGGGCCUGAGUCUGGCUGUCCCUUGCCUUUCAAACUGGAAACCCCAGAGAAAUGGUGCCCCUACCCAUUCCCCCACACUGGGUCCCACUCCCUGUGGGCCAGCAACUCUGGCCUGUUCCUUGAAGGGACUUCAGACCCCUCUGUUCUCUUUCCUGCCAUAGGCAAGGCUGGCACCUCUUUCUUCUGACCUCAGAUAGC